AUGCCGCCAAGGAUAGCUGGGCGACCCCGAGGAAGAGGAAGAGGACGUGGUAGAAGGCCGCACCCUGAGCCCGAAAGACAACACGUAAACCCUCCGCCACCAUCUCCACCUCGAUCACUUUCGCCUCCACUUGCCCCGACAGUGGAUAGGACUGUCAUUAACACCUUUCUGAAAAAGAAGCCGCCAACAUUUGACGGAAAAGGCGACCCCGCUGAAGCGGAAUCGUGGAUACGUGCACUAGAGCGCCUGUUUGACUUACUGCAAUGCACAGAUGAUGAGCGCUUGAUUUGUGCCUCACUCCAACUGACAGGGUCAGCAGAUUAUUGGUGGGAGGCUCGCAAAAAGAUAAUGCCCCCGCAGCAGCUAGAGGACCUAACCUGGGAACAGUUCAAGACAGGAAUCUAUGACAAGUACAUCCCUAAGAGCUAUAAAAAGCAAAAAGAAACAGAGUUUUACAACUUGAAACAGGGACGAAUGUCAGUGACAGAAUAUGAUCGCGCCUUCUUUGACCUGUCCAGGUACGGAGCUGAUCAAGUGGAUACGGAUGAAAAGAUGUCCGAGAAAUUUUGUACUGGCUUGAGGCACGAAAUAAGAGUAGCAUUGGCUAGCCGUGGCGGAAUACCAUAUACCGAAGCUCUAAAACUGGCCUUAGACAUUGAAGCUGCAUUGCCUAAGGAAAGACCUGCACCAAACCCUACAAAUAUGUCACUGCAGACCUCGUCCCAAGCCCCAAGGGACAAAAGGAAGUGGGAAGGAAACCAGAACCAGUGGAGACAAAAGAAGCCAUGGCAUGGACCACCCCGCCCACAAAACUUUGCAAGGCAGCCUAUCUUUAACCCCACAGGAAUCACUCAACCAAGGCCCAAUCUUUGUCCCAAAUGUAACAAGCCCCACAGCGGAAUCUGCAGGGCCGGAGAAAUGAUUUGUUUUACUUGUGGAAGGUAUGGCCAUAUCGCCAGGAACUGUCAAAAUGGACCCCAGAGAAGGAGUGCACCAACUAACCAGCCAGCACAACGUCAACACUUGCGAGCUCUACAUGCAGACACCCAGAACCACCAGACCCCGCAUCCACAACGACCGAGCCUCUCAACUCAAGCUAGGGCAUAUGCAUUGGGACGAAACCAACAGAACAACAACCAUGGGAAUUUGGCAGGUAUGGGCACUCUACUGAACGUACCUAUUGUCCUAUUGUUUGAUACUGGUGCCUCGCACUCCUUCAUAUCAACCUCGUGUGUAAGCACUUUAGAACUCACACCAGAACCAGCCGAACCUAGAGUAACGGUGUCCUCACCAGUAGGAGGAGUUAUAGAAAUCACACAAAAGUGCUCGAAUCUAGAAAUCACGCUCGGAGAACGUAAGGUUAUUGCUAAUAACUUGGGGGUCAUGAAAAUGGAAGAUGUCGAUAUUAUACUAGGAAUGGAAUGGUUGGCCAAGAACCACGCCACCAUCAAGUGCAGUGAAAGACAUAUUUCCUUUCAAACUCCAGGAGAAGGGCAAGUUGAACUCCAUGGAAUCACUAUGAACAAGCGCAAAUCCAUAAUUUCGGUCCUACAAGCAGCCGCGCUGGUGAGAAAAGGGUGUCCCGCCUACCUCGUCUACUUAAGCAGAGAACAUAAUGAAGAAAAGAAGAUUGAGGACGUGGAGAUUGUACGUGAAUUUACAGACGUGUUUCCUGACACGCUACCCGGGUUACCCCCAGACAGACGACUGGAAUUCACCAUCGAUUUGGAACCAGGAGCCGCGCCAAUUUCAAAAGCGCCAUACCGAAUGGCCCCAAAGGAACUGGGAGAACUGAAACUACAACUGCAAGAACUUUUAGACCUGGGUUUUAUCAGACCCAGCGUGUCACCAUGGGGAGCUCCUGUACUUUUCGUCAAGAAGAAGGAUGGGACGUUGAGGAUGUGCAUAGACUACCGAGAAUUGAACAAGGUGACACUCAAGAAUAAAUACCCAUUGCCAAGGAUAGAUGAUUUAUUUGACCAGCUCAAGGGGGCCAGUAUAUUUUCUAAGAUUGACUUAAGGUCCGGAUACCACCAACUGAAGAUUCGGUCUGAAGAUAUACCCAAAACAGCUUUUCGCACCAGGUACGGUCACUAUGAAUUUGUAGUAAUGCCUUUUGGAUUGACCAACGCCCCUGCGGUGUUCAUGGAUUUGAUGAAUCGCAUUUUCCAUCCAUAUCUCGACAAAUUCGUCCUGGUCUUCAUAGACGACGUCCUCAUUUACUCAAAGAAUAGAUCAGAACACGCGGAACAUCUAAGAACUACCCUCGAAAUAUUAAGGACCGAGAGACUCUAUGCUAAAUUCAGCAAGUUAACAGCAGAAGGAAUCCGGGUAGACCCAGCAAAGGUAGGGGCCGUACAGAACUGGAAAUCACCAACCAGCCCGAACGAAAUUCGAAGUUUUCUAGGACUGGCUGGCUACUAUAGAAGAUUCAUCGAAGGGUUCUCAAGGAUUGCCAGGCCAAUGACCCAACAACUCAAAAAGGGCAUCAGGUUCGUGUGGACCCCUGAAUGCGAAGCUAGCUUCCAACUGCUAAAGGAGAAACUAACCACCGCCCCCGUGUUAGCCGUGCCGGAACCAGGAUCAAACUACGUGGUUUACACAGAUGCUUCGAAAAAUGGACUUGGGACAAUUCAAACUCUAGAAGAUAUGUUGAGGGCCGUCGUACUCGAUAGAGGAGAAAAUUGGGAAUCCAUCUUGCAUCUGAUAGAGUUUGCCUAUAAUAAUAGUUAUCAAGCCACCAUCGACAUGGCACCUUAUGAGGCACUAUAUGGAAGAAAAUGUCGGUCUCCACUCUAUUGGGACGAAGUAGGGGAGAGAAAGGUAUUAGGCCCAGAAUCCGUGGCGGAGAUGAUUGAAAUCGUGAGACGAAUCCGGAGUCGAAUCAAGGAAGCGCAAGACCGACAAAAAUCCUACGCAGAUGAGCGUCGAACGGAUUUGAAAUUUAACAUCGGAGAGAAAGUCUUUUUGAAAAUUGAGUCGUGGAAAGGGGAAGGGAUAAGUGCUGUGGAGAGCAAUCUAGUAGAUAACUAUGAACAAAACUCCCGGAGGUUCAUGUCUCCAUACAUGGACCGCGUUCUUUCGUUUCCGCUGUGCCGGUUAAGAGGCAGUGUCUAUCUUACUCUUUACUCUGAUAAUCAGAACUUGUAUGAACGGUCACUCGAUUCUACAUGA